GGAAUUCAUUCCACUGUGAGACGCCGUCGCGAUCGCAAGUCUCGAGCGGACCGCAUAUCUUUGAGUGCAGACAGCAAGCGAACACUGAGGCAGAGCUGUAAGAGGCAGCUGUAGCAGAAAGUAAACGACUUUUAAUUGAAACUCAGUUGCAUUAUCGACAGCCUAUAUAGCUGAGGUCUAUGUAGGCGCAAGGGAGUGUGCGAAACGGAACCGCAAAACCCAGAAUCCCAUGACGCCAUAUUUGUUUUUUCAACCUGAUUGAACGUGUGAGAAGUGUCCGUGAGUGAGUGCCAAAGAGAAUCAUCUCGGGGCGGAAACGAAACGAUUCUGUGUGAAACGAGAUUCGAAAUUCAUUUAAAUAAGUGAAACAAAAUCCAGCGAAAAUUCUAAAACAAAAAAAAAACACACAAAAAAAGCAAAACAACAACAACAACAAAAACCCCGUCWAGUUUUGUGAAGUGUUCGCGUGUGUUUUUCGCUGAUAUUAUGGUCGGGAGAGUGUGUGUGUGUGAUGUUGCAWGUGUAUGCGUGCUUUGUUAGUGAAUGCGACUGGCUGUGUAAGAAAUAUCCGCUUACCUAAGCGCACAAAUUCUCUCGCGACGGCUUAAGAACCACACUUGAAUACACCACAAAGCACAAACACACACACACACACACACGCACAGGCACGCACACACUGGUAGGCAUACCUGUGUGUGUAGGUACGUGGCUAACAUACAUAUAAAGCAAAACCAGAAAAUCCACAUUGCUCGGUCUCGGUGCGCGCCUACGUUGUCUACGUUGUCUACGCUACGUAAAGAACGCGCAUAACGUAAGACAUAUUGUUUUGUUAUCGUCGCUGCUUCUGCUACUGCUGCUGUGACAAUGGGCGACUCCACGCCCAUUUGCCGCUGCCGCGUGCUGUACCUGGGCAGCGCCGUGCCCCGCCAGAGCAAGGACGGCCUGCAGGGCAUACAGGAGCCGCUGCGCAGCCUCUACCCGUCAGAGGGCGCUGUGGGCGCCAAGGGCAUCGAUAGCUGGCUGAGCGUCUGGUCGAAUGGCAUCCUGCUGGAGAAUGUGGACGAGAAUCUGAAGCAAAUCACCCGAUUCUUUCCCAUCGAGUCGCUGCACUACUGCGCCGCGGUGCGCCAAGUGCUGAUACCGGAGCGCGGCAAUUCCAAUCCGGAGCCAAAGUUUCUGCCGCUGGACUCGCCAUUCGCUCGCAUGCCGCGCGCCCAGCACCCGCCCAUCUUUGCAGCCAUAUUGCGUCGCACCACCGGCAUCAAGGUGCUCGAGUGCCACGUCUUCAUUUGCAAGCGCGAGGCGGCCGCGAAUGCUCUAGUCAGAUGCUGUUUCCAUGCCUACGCUGACAACUCGUACGCUCGCCAGCUGGAGACGGGCAGCACUGUCGGCGGCGGCAGCAGCGUCUACGGCACGCUCAAGAGCGGCGCCGGCAGCAAAUCGAAUGGCGACCUCACCAGCGUCGGCCUGGCCAACGGCCAUGGCAACGGCCACCAUCAUCUGGCCGGACAGGGCGGCUGGAGAUCGCGUGCCGGCAGCACCACCACGCUCAACAGCCUGGGACGCACAUCCAACGGACAUGUGCUCAACGGCUCGGGCCUGGGCAUGAAUGGCGGCAGCACAGGCAGCGCCGCCGAGGGCUACACAUCAGUCAAAAAUUUUUAUGGUAGCAGCGCUGACCUGAACGUCACCGUGGAUGAUGGCGACGCAUCUGUGUACAAUGGCGAUGAGAACCACAAGGUGUGGAGCGGCUCACAGGAUCAGCUGGACAGCAUUGGCGCCGCGGAGAGUCCCUAUGAGCUGUAUGCCGGCAAUACGUCCACGCUGGGCAGGCCGCUGCGCGCUCGUCAGAUCAGCACGCCCAUCGAUGUGCCACCGCCGCCAGUCAAGGAGGAGCGCAAGACGAAGCGCGAGAAGAAGUCCUCGAAGUCGAGCGGCAGCCAGAGCUUGUCGGGCACACUGAUCAGACCAAAGCCCAUGCAUCCGGCGACGGCGAUGCAUCGCACACAAAUGCAUGCAGGACCGGGACCAGGUCCCGGCUCUGCCAGCGUCAUCUAUGGCCCCAUCUCCGGGCCGCACGCUGCGCGCCAAUAUCACACAAUUAGUCAUCGCGGCUUUCCGCCCGGUCCGCCGCCGCAUCACGCGCAUGCACAUGCACAUGCGCAUGCACAGGCACAGGCGCAUGCGCAGCACAUGAUGCAGAUGCAGCAUGCACAGCAUAUGGCCGGCCUGCCGCCGCUGCAGAUACCCAUGAUGCUGCCGCAGCAGUACGCGACGCUGCAGCCGUCGCGCUCCACCAGCAAAAAGAAGAAGAAGGAUAAGAAGAACGGCGGCGUCGGCAUGCCCGUGGGCAUGCCCAUUGUGCCGCCCAUCUACGCCUACCAGCAGGCAAUGGGCGGGGUGCCGCCGCCGCCGAUGGCGCAGUCAAUGAUCGGCGAGCCGCGUCCCUUGAGCAUGUCCAGCCGCAAGAUGGCCGCCUCCAUGGGCAACGGCCUGGAUGACUCGGGCAACUCGGGCGCCGAAUCGCCGUCGCCAGGCGGCACGGGCAUCUAUCGCCGCAAGGGUCACCUGAACGAGCGUGCUUUUAGCUACUCCAUACGCCAGGAGCAUCGCAGUCGCAGCCACGGUUCGCUGGCCAGCUUACAGUUCAAUCCACCGGACAUGAAGAAGGAGCGCGAGAUUGCACAAAUGGUGGCCGGCCUGGACCUCAGCGACGGCGAGCGCCGCCAAGUGGCCCCCGGUCCGGCCACGCUGCAGCGCAAGCAGUCUGCCAUGACGAACGGAGCAGCGGGUCCAGCGCAUCCACACGCUCAUCCGCAUCAGCCGCAUGCGAUAUACGGCCCACUGGGCCCCGCAAGUAGCUUCGGCAAGCCGCGCAGAUAAGCAGCCAAGCCAGGCAGUCUACACCUGACAAGGACUAGAAGUACUACAUAUAUACACAUACAUAUAUAUAUACGUACGAUCAUAUAUAUACAUAUAUAGAGUUACACAACAUUUUAGCGAUGCUGGUCAACUUAGAAAUGGAAUCGAAUCAACAGUUAAACAAAAGAGCGACCAAGCUGUACUGCAGCAAUAGACUUCAGAUAGGAUUGGGUAACCAAAUUUCGAAGCGAAUAUCGUUUACGAUAUUGCAAUCAAAAUCAAUUAUCAACAAUGAAUAUGUGUGCCUUACUAGGUUUAUACUUUAAGUAUAUAUAUAUAA